AUGGGCCCGCGCACUUUGACUUUUGACUUCCGAUAUCCCCAGGACGCCCGUGGCAGCAUCAGAAUCUAUGGCGGCAAGUUGGCGGAGGAGGGUUUGGAAGGUUUUUUCAGCCGAGAUGCGUGGGAACUUCCGCCUCCAGAGGCUGCCCCAGAUGACUGGUGGGAGAAGCGAAGUGGGGAUGAGAGGCUUAAUGUGCGCACCAUCCCUCCAGAGUGGAUUCAAUCAAGUGCAUGUCACAAGAGGCAUGUCACACUUCCAAUGGAAUGCCAACGCCGCCAUGGACUGCACGAGCUGGACAUGUGGCGCUGGUGGAUCCAGAAAGUGACGCUGUCUUCAUCCUCGGUGGAGAGGGACCUUCAGGCUUCAUGGCAGACAUGUGGAAGGCCUUCAGCAUUAACCUGGUCAAUCUGUACAACAUGUUGGAGCUGA